AUGGAGCCUCCUUGGAAGGUAAAGGGCCGCCAAAUGAUUGAGAUGGUGAAGAUGAAGAAGGCGACGAAUCUCCAAGUUACCUUUGCCAAACGGCCGGCUAGCAUUUUCAAGAAGGCGAGUGAAAUUAGCACGCUUUGUGGCGCUAAAUUUGCAGUGAUUAUUUUUUCACCUGCCAAAAAAGUGUUCUUUUUUGUCAGUCCUUCUAUGGAAAAGUUGAUCAAUCGAUUCAGUGGCCUAAUAGAACAACCUCCUUCAGCUAACAGAUGUAUGAUGGAUGCUCAUCGAAAUGCUUAUCUCCAAGGGCUCAACUCACAGCUAAAUAAGCUUAAUGCCCAACUGGAUGCUAAAAAGAAGCAAAGUGUGGAGCUUAAGAAGGUGAUGAAGGAGAAUGCAAGUAAAGCCUGGUGGAUGGGUUCCAUAGAUGACAUGAACCUUUCACAGCUUCAGCAAUUUCAAGCUCCUCUUGAGGAAUUAUACGAGAAUGUUAUAAAAGUUGCCAAAGAAAAAGAUGUUGAAGAGGACAAUAUUAAUCCUAAUUCUGAUGAUCAGCUUUUUCUUGGAACCUCUUCCAAUAGAACUAGACUUCCAUUUGAAUCUAUCCCCUUAAAUGCUAUCGUUGGUCCCAGAAACAUGGUUAAUCCGAACAUGAAUAGGGUUAAUUCCAACAUGAUGCUUCGUGACAUGCUCAACAACAAUAAUCCAAACAUUCCCUUGUCCAAUUCCAUGAUUCCCAAUAAUCCAAACAUGGUCUCUAAUGUCAUGCCUAUCAACAGUAACCCUACAAACAUGAUGCUAUCGGCGGCAAAUAUAAUGAUCAACAAUGAUCAAAACAUGGUUCCAGUCGAUCAUAUGAUGAUGAACAAUGACCAGAACAUGAUGGUGGGGGGAUCGGAUGCGAUUAACGAUUAA